AUAUGUACAUAUAUAUAAAAUACAAUCUGAGUGCUACAAGGAACUUCAAAAGUCAUCUAUUUCUACCUCCUUAGAUGAGGAAUCACUAAAAACCCAACCAAGAGACUGAUCUCGUCUGAUCUAUAUAUGCAAUAUGGGACUGAAUUGACUACUUUAGCAAUAUGGUAAACAAACACAUUUUUUGAAAGGGAAACAGCUUUAUGGUGCAUGUGUAACAUAAAAGGGUAUCAUUCUGAUCCUCUACGUAGGCAUCUCUCUGCCUUCUCCCACAGUAUUAUCUCAACAGACAUAAUUACCUCUUGAAAGUCCAUAAUUGGAAAUUUAUUCCUUUGACUUAUGAUUUUUGUCUAUUAUCAAAAUGCAAAUGAGGGGGAGGAUGCCAGUUAUACCUAAAUGUGAAUGAGUUUAUUGAACCCUUACUGGAAGAGCAGGUUUUGAUAAAGUGAGACCUGGACACAUUAUGAAGACACAAAGCUCUGAGGCACAAUGGAGAAAUUAAAGUCUCGAGACUUAUUCUUGACAUUCAAGCCUGAUGAUUUGGAGACACUCAACUGGUCAAUGGAAAGUGACAAGGAUGACAGAAGUGCAGAUAAACACAGCCUGUGCUGAACCCAAGGCUCAGACUUAUCCGUGUGUGUCCUGACAAGCAUUUUGGCUUAAAAAUCUAUCCCAGCUAAAGAAUGGGGCUGAACCUGCUGCAUGGGAAAUUACCAGAUGAUGAACUGAACCAAGGCAAUUUUAUUUCAAGUAAUUCCAGCGAUCUAUCUGCAAAGAACAUAACCGCUAACAAGGAAUUUGUCACGAUAGUCCUACCAGUUCUUUACCUUGUCAUAUUUGUAGCAAGCCUUCUGCUCAAUGGCCUCGCAGUGUGGAUUUUCUUCCAUAUCAGAAACAAAACGAGUUUCAUUUUCUAUCUCAAAAACAUCGUGGUCGCAGACCUGAUGAUGACCCUGACGUUUCCCUUCCGGAUAGUUCGUGAUGCAGGAUUCGGGCCAUGGUACUUCAACGUUUUCCUCUGCCGCUAUUCAUCUGUUCUCUUUUAUGCAAACAUGUACACUUCCAUCAUCUUCCUUGGACUGAUCAGCAUUGAUCGUUACCUGAAGGUGGUGAAGCCAUUUGGCGAUUCUCGGAUGUACAGUAUCACUUUUACAAAGGUUUUGUCUGCUUGUGUGUGGGUGGUCAUGGGUUUUCUGGCCUUACCCAACAUAAUUCUUACAAACGGUCAACCAACGGUAGAAACCAUCAAUGAAUGCACCAAACUGAAAAGUCCUCUAGGCGUGAAAUGGCAUGAAGCAGUCAUCCAUGUCAAUAGCUGUUUAUUUGUUGCCGUCCUGGUGAUACUGAUUGGAUGUUACAUUGCAAUAUCCAGGUACAUACAGAAAUCCAGCAAGCAAUUUAUUAGUCAGUCAAGCAGAAAACGAAAACAUAACCAAAGCAUCAGAGUUGUGGUGGCUGUCUUUUUUACCUGCUUUCUGCCCUAUCAUUUAUGUCGAAUACCAUUUACCUUUAGCCAUUUGGACAAGCUAUUAGAUGAUUCAGGACACGUAAUUCUCUAUUACUGCAAAGAAAUGACACUUUUCUUGUCGGCAUGCAAUGUAUGCCUGGACCCCAUCAUUUACUUUUUCAUGUGUCGGUCGUUUUCACGAAGGCUGUUCAAGAAAUCGAAUAUCCGAACGAGAAGCGAAAGCAUUCGGUCACUUCAGAGUGUCAGGAGGUCAGAAGUACGGAUUUAUUAUGAAUAUACUGAUGUGUGACAUUACAAAACCCUCUUCCUAUAUGU